AAAAAAAAAAAAAAAAAAAAAAAAAAAAAAAAACAAGCAAAAAAGUAAAUAAAUAAGCAAAGCUAAAACUAUUUGCAAUUUGUGUAAAGAUAAUUUUUAGCGAAAGCUUACUUAAACUAACUUACAUACUUACUUACUUACAUACUUAAUUUCCAACUGGACUUGUGCAAAGCGCAAUCAAAGCUCUUAUAAAAGAAAUAUUUAAAUUAAAUUAAAUUUAAGCGACAUUUAAACAAGCAGUGAGACUAAUUACUAAGCAACAACAAAUCAUUCAUACAAAUAAAGCAACAAAGCGCUAAGCAAACAGUACAGUUAGAUAGCCAGGCGAACGCAAGUGCAUAGUUCGAAAGCGAUAUAGUUCGUGUGUAGGCAGAUCAUAGAUCGCGCCAACAGCAAGGAAGUUAGGCGAGUAAGAGAGAGAGCACGCGUUUGAGCGCACACAACCGUUGAGAGCGAACUUCAAAAUUACGCCCCAAAAGCAAGCAAGCGCCGCAACAACAGCAGCAGCAGCAGCAACAACAACAGUCGUUAAUAAAAAGCAAACGUCACAAGCAAGCACCGGCAAGAAAAUGACCAACGCCAUGGAUAUUGUGAAGAAUGGCAGCGCCAAUGGCUCGGUCGAUGGCAGCUCGGAUGAGUCGCGCACCAACUUGAUUGUGAACUAUUUGCCACAGACAAUGACGCAGGAGGAGAUGCGUUCGCUCUUCUCGAGCAUUGGCGAAUUGGAGAGUUGCAAGCUUGUGCGCGACAAAGCCUCAGGUAAUUUGGUGUUGCCAGCUUCUUUGACCGCACUAAAUCCGGCAUUGCAACAAGUCGGUCAAAGCUUGGGCUACGGUUUUGUUAACUAUGUACGCGCCGAGGAUGCUGAGAAGGCCGUUAAUACAUUGAAUGGCUUGCGUUUGCAGAAUAAAGUGAUUAAAGUAUCAUACGCCCGUCCAAGUUCGGAAUCAAUAAAGGGUGCUAAUUUGUAUGUAUCGGGUCUUCCCAAAAAUCUAUCACAACCAGACUUGGAGGCACUAUUCGCAUCAUAUGGCAAGAUAAUUACAUCUCGUAUACUCUGUGAUAAUAUUUCUGGUCUAUCGAAAGGUGUCGGUUUUAUACGUUUCGACCAACGCAACGAAGCCGAGCGCGCUAUACAGGAAUUAAAUGGUAAAACGCCCAAGGGUUACACCGAACCAAUAACUGUUAAAUUUGCCAAUAAUCCUAGCAAUAGCGCCAAAGCUCAACUCCCACCACCAUUGGCCGCUUAUUUGACACCACAAGCGGCUGCCGCAACGCGUCGUCUUGCUGGCGCACUGCCAUCGGCUGGACGUAUAAGCAUUGGAAAAAGCCCGAUGUUAGCCAUUAACAAGGGUUUACAAAGAUACUCACCAUUGGCUGGUGAUCUCUUGGCCAAUUCCAUUUUGCCCGGUAAUGCAAUGACCGGCUCCGGCUGGUGUAUAUUCGUUUACAACCUCGCACCCGAAACGGAGGAGAAUGUCUUGUGGCAACUGUUCGGCCCAUUCGGUGCCGUCCAAUCGGUCAAGGUUAUACGUGAUUUACAGACGAGCAAAUGCAAGGGUUUUGGCUUCGUGACCAUGACGAAUUACGAUGAAGCGGUUGUGGCAAUACAAUCACUCAACGGUUAUACACUCGGCAACAGGGUGUUGCAAGUUAGCUUUAAGACAAAUAAAACCAAAACCGCUUAAGUGAACUUGAGUGGUGUUAAGAAGAAGAAGCAAAACAACAGCAACUAAAGGAAAAACAGCAAGGAUGUGAAGAAAAAUGAAAGAGAAGGCAAAACGGCCGUAGUAAAAGAGAACGGGAGCGCAAGCAAAAUUUUAGUGAAAGAGAAGUAGAGCGUAAGCGCAAGCAAAGCUUUUGUUGACGCGCGGGCUUACGCGAGCGCAAAAAUAAGUGAGAGAGUGUGAAAUUAGCGAAAGGAAAGCAGGAUAAAUAAGCAUAAAGUAUAAGCAACAACCAGUAAACACCGCAGUUCAACUAAACAACAGCAAAAAGG